AUGGAGAACCCAGCAAAGUACCUCUCUUCGGUGCAGGGGGUUGACUCUGCGCCGGCACCCCUCGGAGAGAUUAUGUGGAACAGCACCGGAACGGAGGAGACAGACGACUGGAGGAAGGACAUGGUGUCGCGCACUGUGACGGGCUGCCUGCUGUGCCUGCUCAUCCUAUGGACCCUGCUAGGGAACAUACUUGUAUGCGCUGCUGUGCUGCGCUUUCGGCACCUGCGGACCAAAGUCACCAAUAUUUUCAUCGUCUCUUUGGCUCUGUCUGAUUUAUUUGUGGCCGUCCUUGUGAUGCCCUGGAAAGCUGUGGCAGAGGUGGCGGGGUACUGGCCGUUUGGCACUUUCUGUAACGUCUGGGUUGCUUUUGAUAUUAUGUGCUCCACCGCCUCCAUCCUCAACCUCUGCAUCAUCAGCGUGGAUAGGUACUGGGCUAUUUCCAGCCCUUUCCGCUACGAGAGGAAGAUGACCCAGCGUGUAGCAUUUGUUAUGAUAAGCAUCACUUGGACGCUGUCUGUGCUCAUUUCAUUCAUACCGGUCCAGCUGAACUGGCACAAAGCCAGCGGUGACGACAUGGCUGGGGCGCACAACUCUUCCACGCCUCGGCAGGUGGAGGAAAACUGUGACUCCAGCCUGAGCAGAGAGUACGCCAUAUCCUCCUCUUUGAUAAGUUUCUAUAUCCCCGUGGCAAUUAUGAUUGUGACUUAUACCAGAAUCUACCGUAUUGCACAAAUACAAAUCAGACGAAUAGCCUCUCUGGAGAGAGCAGCAGAGCACGCGCAAAGUUGCAGGACUAACAGAAUAGAGUGCCAACACCACAACACCUUGAAAACGUCGAUCAAAAGGGAAACCAAAGUGUUCAAAACUCUGUCGAUUAUUAUGGGUGUCUUUGUGUGUUGCUGGUUACCCUUCUUUGUCCUGAAUUGUAUGGUUCCGUUCUGUGAAAGAUCACCCACAGAGCGGGACGCGGGUCUGCCGUGCGUCAGCGAGACCACCUUUGACGUAUUCGUGUGGUUUGGCUGGACCAACUCCUCCCUGAACCCCAUCAUUUACGCCUUCAACGCUGAGUUCAGGAAGGCCUUCGCGAGCCUCUUAGGGUGUCGUAAUUUCUGCUCCAACACCCCAGUGGAGACUGUAAACAUCAGCAACGAGCUGGUCUCAUAUAACCAAGACACCCUCAUCCACAAGGAAAUCGCGAACGCCUACGUCAACAUGAUCCCCAACGUGGUUGAAUGUAUUGAGCACGAGGAGACCUUUGACAGAAUUUCUCAGUUCUCUCACAACAUUGAAAACGCAACCGACUCCAUCUGUGACUUGGAGGACUGUGAGGCAGACAUCAGCCUUGACAGGACGUCACCGUUCACACCCAAUGGAUUACACUGA